AAUUCAACGGUUUUAUUUAAGGUAAAAUUAAAAUUAAUUCGUUAACUAACAAAACUAUGUUUAAUUCAAAGUGUUAUAUACCAUGACAAAAUAUUACACGAAAGUGACGUAAAAUUAUUAUGUUCCUACGUUAAUUUCCCGCCAUUGCAAACUUGUAAAACUUUCGCCGAUCAACAAUGUUAUCAUCGAAUGAUUUAGAAAGGCUAAUUGCAGAGAAGAGACAUGAGAUAGAGAGGGAGAAAAUUGAUUUAGGCUUAUCAAGAUCAUUAGAUAACAAUGUAGAAGAAAACAAAGAAAAGUACAACAGUAAGAAAGUACAGAUCUCAGAAAAAGUAUUGGAAAAUAAUUAUGUGAAUCCAGAUGAUGAAUUACAGAAGGAAAGAAGAAGUUCACUAGAAGAAGAUAUACCUGCUGAUUUAGAAAGAUAUAUACGACGUUGCACGGGACUACCGGUGAUGUUGAAGGCGGGCGAGUACUCCCCCAACAACCCGCUGGCGCGCGGCGAGCGUAAUAAUACUUAUAUCACUAAAGUGGACACCGGCGUGCAAGUGGAGAGUACAGCGCGCCCGCUGUCAGUGGCCGUGCAGACUGACGACGUGGGGCUCUACCCGGUCCAAGUUGAUCAGAAGUUAACUCAGGCGGAGAGGGAGCUGUCCCCGCGCGUGGCGGGCGAGCAGGCGCACAAGUGGACAGAGGACUGGACUCACUGGAAGGAGAGGAGAAGGAGUUACGGCGACUUUGAUGAACCAACAAGUGGAGUGAGAAAGAGUAACAAAGAGAAGUUGAUAGGAGAUCUCCGGCACUCCUACAUGCCUUCUAUAUUCGAUGCGGACGCGAUACAGCUGAGGAACUUGCAGGCGGAGAAGAUGAAAGAACAUACAUCAGAAUACGAGAAGAAGAGAGCCUUACUGCAAAGUGAGAUAGAGAAGGAAAAGAGAACUCUCCUCAGAUCUACGUCACACAAACCUGUCACCAAUGUGUCGCGUGACAUGACACAAACAUCACACAGCGAGAAAACAAACAAACUACCGUUUUACUAUCAAAAUAAACCCCCAUAUUCGAUUAAUAUUCCAGAGAAUUCCAUAUUCUCACAAAACUACGAUAUCGACAGUUAUUUAAGAAAGAAUCUAAAUCCAAGUAGAGAAAGUCUAAUUUCGAGUAACGUGAGAGAAUUAAGAGCUGAAAAUGUAAACACAACCAAAUCUGUGAAAGACAACGAAAACACUAAAGAAAAUUACACAGAAAAUAAAAUCAGAGAUAAUUACACAGAUACUAAAAACUCCAGAGAUAAUUACAUAGAUUAUACAAAUGCCAAAGUAAAUUACACAGAAAAUAAAACCAGAGAUAAUUACACAGAUACUAAAAACUCCAGAGAUAAUUACACAGAUUUUAAAAAUGCUAAAGAUAAUUACUCAGAAAAUAAAACCAGAGAUAACUACACAGAUAAUAAAAAUGCCAAAGUAAAUUACACAGAAAAUAAAAGUGCUAGAGAAAAUUACACAGAUAAUAAAAACAACAAUAUAAUAAUAGAAAAAGCCCUUAUCCAUACACAACCGAAACGCAGCAAAGAAGAUACUUUACCAAUUCCCGUAUUGAAACAUUCUCCUGUAAAAUCAAAUGAUAUCAACCAAAAUACAGAAUUAAGCAAACAAAUGCAAAUUGUAGACGAUAAAUGGAAAAUUCCUGCAGUUCAGAAGAAUAUAUUAAAAACAUUACCCAAAGAAGAUGGGAAAAAUAUUAAUAUCUUAACGCAAUUAGGUUCAAUUAGACGACAAUUGCAAUUAGAACAAUUAAAACUGGAUAUGAUAGGAAAAGAAGACGCCUGACUAUUCUGUUGUUUGGGUCAUUUCAAAGGGUAGAUGUGUAUAAAUGUUCAAUCUAUAGAUAUGUAAUCUAUAGAUAUCUAAUUCAAAGAAAAAACGUCGAAAAGACAAGUCUUUAUGGUAACCAUAAUAUUGUCAUUUAUAAUAAAAAUGACUUGAAAAAAUCUUGAACUUCUAACUUGAUAGUCUAUAGAUUGUAUAUCUAUGGAUGAAAGAUAUGAAAAGAUGGAAGUAUUUGCUGGCAAAGUACAAAAUGGCGUUUUUUUGCAAAUUAGUAUUGUGUUAAAAUUACUACUUUUUUAUGUAACUGGUACACAGUCGUAAAUCGGUCUUUGAGAGAGAAAACAACCCUAAGGGUUAGUCUAAGCGUGUUACUCUGGGUUUAGUUACAAUUCACAGCUGUUUAAUUUCCUUUACGAAAUCAAAUGAAGAAAAAAAUGCCAUAGAUGAAACAGAUUUCUAAUUAUGCUUAACUGGAUUAUAUUUUGUCUAUUGUUCCUAUUUUUUUUUCUGCUUUUUUUGUUUCUUUUUUUGGUUUAAAUCCGGUCUAAAAGUGCUAAAGAAUAGGAAAAUGUCCGAUGUAUGAAGUCUGGUGAAAUGACGCAAAUAAAAUAAUAAUAUAUUCCUUCCAAAAGUUGGCCUAGUUUAUUGCUUCUAGUAUAUAAAAAAUAGUGGCUUUGAAUUGUUGCCUUAAAAAAAUCUAACGCUUUAGUAAUAUAAAUAAUCCAUUAA